UAAGCUGUAUCUCUUUUCUGUUCUAGUGCCACAAUGGCAACUGCACCUUACAACUAUUCCUACAUCUUUAAAUACAUCAUUAUUGGAGAUAUGGGUGUAGGAAAAUCCUGCUUGCUCCACCAAUUUACAGAAAAGAAGUUUAUGGCAGAUUGUCCCCAUACAAUUGGUGUUGAGUUUGGUACCAGAAUAAUUGAAGUUAGUGGCCAGAAAAUUAAGCUGCAGAUCUGGGACACGGCAGGACAAGAGAGAUUCAGAGCGGUCACACGGAGCUACUACAGAGGAGCAGCAGGCGCCCUUAUGGUCUAUGAUAUCACUAGAAGAAGUACAUACAACCAUUUAAGCAGCUGGCUGACAGAUGCAAGGAAUCUGACUAAUCCAAAUACUGUGAUCAUCCUUAUAGGAAAUAAAGCAGAUCUGGAAGCCCAGAGGGAUGUGACAUAUGAAGAAGCCAAACAGUUUGCUGAAGAGAAUGGCUUGCUGUUUCUUGAAGCGAGUGCAAAAACAGGUGAGAACGUUGAAGAUGCAUUCCUAGAGGCUGCCAAGAAAAUCUACCAGAACAUCCAAGACGGGAGCCUGGAUCUGAACGCGGCAGAGUCAGGGGUACAGCACAAGCCUUCAGCUCCACAGGGUGGCCGGCUAACCAGUGAACCCCAGCCCCAAAGAGAAGGCUGUGGCUGCUAGUGACCUCAGUUCCUUGGCUCUGUUUGUGACCUUUCACCUCUGUUAAAAGCAGUGCUUUUGGCUGCUUCAGUUUCCUCUGCACAUCUUACCAGGUUUAAUUAAAACUCCUGAGGCAAGAGUUUAACACAGUACUAAACUGCUAAAGAUAAAUAAGAGAAACUUAGAUGUAAUCAGGUUAUCAAAGGCAAGUAGAGUCAUACCUGUCCCUGCAUGGUAAAUCUAGACGUCUUUAUUCCCCCCUCCCCCUUUCAUGAUUGAUUGUCCUUGUGAAUAGAUGUCACCAAUUCAUGAUUUACAAAACAGAGCUCUGAUGCUGGACCUCAUGACUUUCUCUCUCUCUCUCUCUCCCUCUCUCUCUAGAGCUUUGUCUCUUGUAAGGUUUAACUUCGUUAGCUUCAGCUUUUCCUCCCAAUCUGUCACUGGUCUAUCCUUUUUAGUAACAAAAAAAGAAAGGAGAAAAAAAAAGAUUUGCUAUGAAGCUGUUUCCAAGGGUAGAGCAGGAUCCUGCAUAGAAUUGCUUUUGUGGGAAGGAUUCCCGGUGGUGGUGGUGGUGGCUGGCAGGUGCGGGGGGAGGAGAAGAGAAAGACACUUACUGCUCUGGUGUAUGUCCCCUCCAUCUCAGCCUAGUACAUGGCAAGACUUUAUCUUGUACCCCAUAUCUUUACGCUGCUGCUUCUCCUUAUUUUUACCUUUAUGGGCCCUUAUUAACAAAACGUAAAUAUGUAUAAAUUUUGAAGGAACCAAGCUAUACACUCAAAUACAUCCUGUGUGUAUGAUUUUAAUGAAGAAAAACCACCUUGAUUACUGGCAUUGAGAAAUUAAAGGUAACGUAUCUGUACAGCUCAACUAAGAAUGGCCGUGUCACCCUGCUUAGCCACUGCAGUUCGUUGGCCGCUGACUUAACUCCAUGACGUUCGGCAUUUGGCGGUUGCACAGAGGACGCUGGUUCUUAAAGCGAUGCGCAAGGGCAUCGCUAUCCCAGCGUAAGACUUAUCUGCGCCCUGUGAGCAACCUAUUACUAUUUUUGCUGUUACUCCAGGUCUUGUGUACUUGAUGAUGUGCUAACUGGCUUUCCCUCUCCUUUUUGGUCAAAGUUCUGCAUUUAAUCCAGCUCCAUUUCCUGCCUUGUUGUAGAAGAAGGCAGGGCUGUAUUGCACAUCUUAAUGCUUCUUGGAAGGGGUUGUUCCAAACUGGAUGGUCACAAGCAUUACUCUUUAGGGACUCUGAACUCUCCUGUAGCAUUUGACACUACAGUUCAACUGGCUUGUCUUCUGUCCUCCUCCCAAGUUCUUCCUCUCUGCUGUGAUUACAAGCCUCUCUCCCUGAAAGAGAGUUGACUCAGAGGGGUGGCGUAUAGGAUACAGAGUUGUCUUUCUACUUAAGUUGGAGUCACGCAUAAACUAUCUCAACUCUGAACUGUUCUCUCUCUGGCAGUCUGGCCCUUUUUUAAAAAAAACGGGGGUAACAUGGUUAAGCAUGACUGGGGAAAGAUGAGUGUGUUUGAUUCUAUUGACCGCAGUGUUUCAAUUACAAUGUCUAGAGACAUCCCCUUGAUGACACUAAACAAAACCAUGUUCCAGUGUGCGAAAGCGAAGGGGGAUAACCAGCAUAAUGUACAGUCAACGUUCAAUAAAAGCCAAAACUGGGAUGUGCAAAUGAUUAGCAUUUGGGUAGCUUGUGCACUGUCCCUUGCUAUGUGCCCUUUUGGUUUGCUCUAGUUAGUUUUCUUUUCCCCUUCCUGAAAUCUGAGAUUCUUAAAGUAGAUGGGUAUUACAGAAUUUGCUGUUUGAAUUGCACCGUGGGGGCGGGAGCAGGGGGGGUUGCCCAGGGACCAUGACCUAUUGACAGAGUUUAAGUUUUGGGCAAAGGCAAUCGCUUCCUGCAGCUUGUUGGCGGUGCAAUACCCCCUUCUGAUCCCCCAUAUUCAAGUACAGUCUUCGUUUCUGUGACAGGACGUAUUUGGGCUGCUGUACCCAUUUAAUGUAACAAUGCUACUAUCUAAAUAUUUGUAAAUAAAGUACCUGUAUCUAGACAAAA